AUGGGGCCUCUCUCUCUGCCCGGACGGCGGACGAUGCCCAGAAACUGUUUUGCCUGCCUCCUCAACGUCGUCCUGGCUCUCCCUCUCACCACCCAGGCAGCGCUCUUCACGCCCACCCCUUCGCCAAACCUCGACCUCGGUCCGCUAGGCCGCAUAGCUCUCGUGGGAAACUUCGAUGCCGCUUCCCUUUACUCAUACAAACUAACAAAUCACGAAGGCCCCGCCGGCUUCAAUGGCUCCCUCGAACAGUCUCUCAUCGCUCCGCUGCCGGACGGCUCUCUUUUCCCCCUAUCUUCUGCCGAUGCUGAUAUCCUGGCCCUGUGUUCGUUGAAAGACAAGGAUGGAUCCGUCGCCAACGUCGUCGUCGGUGGUAACUUCACCAGCCUCGGAGGUGUCGAGUCGAACGGCAUCGCGAUUCUCGACUACAACAACAUCAGUGUAUCUGCCGUCCCUGGACUCUCUGGAUCGGUCAACGCACUCUACUGCGAUAGCGGGUCAAGCACCGUGUACGUCGGCGGGGAAUUCAGGAACGGGGACUCUGCCAACGCGGUAACGUGGUCACCCAAGUCUGGCCUCUCCAACCUCCCGUUCGGUGGAUUCAACGGACCAGUAAGCUCGAUUGUUCCCUCAAAGAAUGGACGGAUCCUGUUUGGUGGCUCGUUUGAUGGCCUAGGAAACACGACAAGCCCAGAGCGGAAAGACCAGCAGGUCGUCAACCUGUUCACGGCUGAUAUCACGGCUGGUUCCAGCACAACCGCCGGAGGUUUUGACAACCCCAGAAACGUUAUCUGCCCAACUGAUGGUCAGGCUGGAGAAGGAAAAACCUGGUUGCUCACGGACAACGCACCAGGUUACUGGCGUGCCAGUUUGAACUUUGGAUUCAGGCCCACGAAACUACGAAUUCGAAAUGCUAUAAUGGAUGGAAGAGGGACAAAGACCUUUAGAUUCACCGCCCUGCCGGAUGGCGGGAUUCUGAACAUGACCUAUAUCGACCCAGAGAGCGGCGAAAAGAUUCCCUGCGAUGCAAGAUGUCCCCUCUCUAAUGACCCAAAGCUAGCCACUCGAGACUUCCAUUUCGUCAAUAAUGUCGGGAUGAGCUCGUUCCAGUUGGACAUUUCGGAGUGGUACGGACAGGGCGGUGGUUUCACUGGUGUUGAGCUGUUCCAGGACGAUAUUUAUGCGUAUGCUGUCAAUGAUCUCAACGAGCCUACAUGUGCUGGCAUCCCUUUUGCCUCCGAGGCUACCACGACCGGAAACUGGAAUGUUCAGCCAUCUCUGGAAAGUUCUUCUGACUAUCUAUCCACCAAAAUAGACACAUCUACCGAAUUUACGACCUCUGUCACAAUUCUACCAGACAUCAAGCAGUCGGGAAACUACUCAGUUACCAUAUUCACGCCAGGAUGUGUUCAAGAUGGAACCUGUGCCACUCGUGGGAUUGCCAACGUAACCGCAACUUUCAAGUCCUCCGAGGACAUGGCUACCCAGGCGUCCAUAUAUCAGACCAACAACUUCGACAAGUUUGACCAAAUAUAUGUUGGCCACGUCGACGCCAGCAGCAGCAAGUUCAGACCCUCUGUCACAGUCGCUGCUCGCCGCGAUCAAGGUGUAAUAGACUUCGUGGCGUCUCGAGUCCGGUUUCAGUUGAUUUCAUCUACAGGCGGCUUGAACGGACUGUACGAAUUCGACCCAGGUGCAAAGACUGUCGAUACCAAUUUCACUAAUUCCGCAAUCAACAAGGCCGGUACUGAGCUUGAGCCCGAAGCCGCCGUGAACUCACUUAUUUGGGACAAUGAUACCCUAUAUAUCGCAGGAAAUUUCACAAACUCGUCCAUUAGCAACAUACUGUCUCUUUCUGACGGAAGGGCAUCUUCAUUAUCACAGGAUGGUUUGAACUUCGCCGUCAAGUCGAUGCAGCUACUCGACGGUCUACUCUACGUUGGUGGAAACUUUUCGAACACUGCCAGCGGCGAAAAUGAUAAGCUACGGGGUGUUGGAGCUUACUCUAUAUCUGACAAGAGCUGGGUCCCACUCGGUGCAGGAGUAAACGGCCCCGUCACGUCACUCGUCCUAUUUCCUAUCAAUGUUACAUCUGACAAAACGGAAACCACCAUCGCAGUAAAUGGGUUAUUUACCGAGAUCAACGCGGUCGAUGGUCGUCCCGCUAUCACAGCAAAUGGGUUUGCCGUGUGGGUACCGUCAAAGAAGAAGUGGCUGCAGGAACUUGACAUUGACCGUAUGGCGUACGUUGGCCAGCUUACUACCUCCGUCGAAGUGGAUAAGGAUAUCCUCUUGGCUGGGAACCUGGCUUCCGGUGGAAUUGCUUCUCACGGCGCCGUCAGCCUAGUCGAUAACAAUAAGCUUGGGCUUCGUGCCUUACCAGUCAACAUCGAUCUAGGUCGGCCACAAGUACCUCAACGAAACGCAAAGCGGGCAAUCGCAACUGACGAUAGUAAUGGCGUCCUUACCGGCCUAUUUGACAUGGAAGGAGGCCGCAAUCUCACAAUGCUAGCCGGUCACUUUACUGCAAAGACAUCCGAUAACUCCAUAGUUAAUAACUUAGUUUUCCUCGAUGGUGCACAAAAUGAUGUCGUGACUGGCCCAGGCCCUGGGAUCGAUGAAAAAUCAACUUUCUUGUCCCUUGCAGUUCACAACAACCUACUUCUAGCUGGCGGAAGGGUUUCCGGGCGAGUUGCAGAUGCCAACAUAAAAGGCCUUGUUGUCUACGAUCUCAACAACGGUCAACGUUACGCGUCAAGCCAACCUUCUGCGUUAGAUGGCGACAAUGUCGAGGUACGCACCAUCGCUCCUCGGCCAGGCACUACCGAUAUAUUUGUUGGAGGUGUCUUCCAAUCCGCGGGCUCUCUGCCCUGCCCAUCAGUCUGCAAUAUUCAAAUUGAGAGUAAUCAGUGGAGUCGUCCCGGGACAGCUCUCCGUGGUGACGUCUCGGUUCUCUUAUGGGCAGAUAACGACAAACUACUUGUUGCUGGAAACCUCACCGUUGAACACAAUGUAACCAUGCUCGCGAGGUACGAUGCUAAGGAACAGGAGUGGUCCACUAUUACCGGGAAAAACUCUGAAAGCAUAACUGGAGAAGUCAAGGCAUUAGGUCUUGCAAGGAGUGAUGGCUCACAGUUUUGGAUUGCUGGAAAAUCUAACAGUGGCAUGUCCUUCCUUGUUCAUUACGACGGUACUGAGUUCCGUUCUGUUGGCCAUUUAUUCGGCGAUAAUACCUCGAUUGAAGGGCUCCAGGUCCUUCCCUUAACGAAAACCCACGAUAAGACCGACUUGCUCGACGAAAACCAAUCCCUCCUAGUAACGGGUAAGCUCCAGCUGCCUAGUUUUGGAUAUGUGUCUGGGGCCCUUUUCAACGGAAGCACUCUUGAGCCGUUCAUUCUCUCUAGUAUGUUCGAUGGCCGACCAGGUAGCAUAUCUGGAAUAUUCUCUGAGAAUACAAUUAACGUUGCUGGCCACCACGGACAAAAACCCAGAGGAAUUGUAGUCCUCAUCUCCUUUUGCAUAGCGCUAGGCUGUGUUUUCCUACUCGUCCUCUUUGGUAUCCUACUAAACCGCUACCGCCGCUAUCAGCAAGGCUAUAUCACUGCUCCACAAGGCACAGAUCGGAAACCAGAUCUCAACCGAGUUCCUCCAGAAUACCUGUUGGAGUCUCUCCGUCAUCGAACUCCUGGUGCACAAAUUUAA